AUGGCGAAAAAAGUUGUCGUCGUCGUCGGCGCCUCGCUCGGUGGUCUGGCUGUCACUCAUCGGCUGUUGAAGGAUACGCUCCCGCACGAACCGGACCUCCGCGUCAACUCGCACUUUUACUGGAACAUCGCCUCUGUUCGCGCCGUCGUCCCCGGCGCCGUCGAGGAUGACGCGAUUCUCCAAGCCAUCGAACCGGGCCUUGCGCAGUACCCCGACGACAGCGUCGAGUUUGUCGUCGGCACCGCCGUGCGCCUUCACGCCGGCGCCAAGGUUCUCGUUGUGAAGAUGCCCGACCUCGUCGACCGCAACGUCCAUUACGACUACCUCGUCCUCGCCACCGGCGCGAAUCCCAGUGACGGGACGAUGCCGUGGAAGGCUGCCGGCACCUACGAGGAGUGCCUGGACACCCUUCACACCGCCGCCUCCCGCGUCGAGGCGGCGUCGAGCGUCGUCGUCGCCGGUGGCGGCCCGACCGGUGUCGAGCUGGCUGCCGAGAUCAAGUAUCACUACCGCGCCAAGCGCGUCGUUUUACUCCACGCCGGCGAGACCCUUGUCGGCGGUGAUCCCUCAGCCGCCUCGGUUGAGCGGGAGCUUGCGAAGCUUGGCGUCGACGUCAGGAAAGGCGUCAAGGCCCUCGAGACCGACUCGAAGCGGCCCGACGGCAAGACGCUCGUGACGCUCUCCGACGGUGACGAGCUCUUGACCGACUACUACAUGCCCACCGUAGGCCUUGUCCCCAACACCAAGUUCUUGCCCACGGAGCUCCUCACGCCGAGUCACUACGUCGAUGUCGACGAGUGCAUGCGCGUCCGCGGCGCCGAAGACAUGUGGGCCGUUGGUGACGUCGUUUCGAAGCCACGAGCCGGACUCCUCUUCACUGAGGCCCAGGCCGCUGGCGUGGUCAAAAACAUCACCCUCGCGCUGCUGGGAAAGCGGCAGCAGGUUGUCAAGGGCCCCCCCGUCGACGUUUUCCUCUGCACCAUCGGCCGAGAGCGGGGCGUGGGCAGGGUUGGCUGCGUCCACGUUCCGUCGCUCCUCGUCUGGGCUCUCAAGGGCCGCACCCUGGCGACGGAGAGGACUGCGAAAUAUGUCAACGGCACCAUGUGGUGA